AUGAAUGGAGUAUGUACCAUUACCGACUCUUUAGUACGAGAACAUUUACUUCUACGUGGUCUGUACAAUGCGCUCAAAGCAUUUGAUCAAGAUUCAAGAUCCGGAAAGGAUUUGAAACUACAGGUCGAUAGAUUUGUUGCUGAUACAUUAGCUGCCGUCGAUAAUCUUGAUAUAGACGUGCUCAAAUCUUUAUGGGAUCUGUGGAAGUCGAAAGUCUUCAAUAUAUUGUCAGGUGUGAGUCCAUGGCUAUAG